AUGGUUAUUGAUCUUCAUGCCCAACUUGGCAAUAGAUGGUCAAAGAUUGCCUCUCAUUUGCCAGGAAGAACUGAUAAUGAAAUUAAGAAUCACUGGAACACACACAUAAAGAAAAAAUUAAGGAAGAUGGGUAUUGACCCUCUGACCCAUAAGCCUCUCUCUGAACAAGAAGGUUCACAACAAGUUCAGGGGAGUAAGAAAAGCUUAGUGCCUCGUGAUGAGAAAAACAUAAAACAAGACCAAGAAGACCAACAAACUACAACAGCACAAGAACAACAACAUCAACUAGGGAAAGAUUUGGACAAGAACAACACAUUAAUUUCUACCGAUGAUGGGUUUUGCAUUGAUGAAGUCCCAUUACUCAAUCCACAUGAGAUCUUUGUAGACUUCUCUUCUGCUCAUCAUCAUACUAGUGAUGAUAAUGCCGACAUUAACAUUAGUAACUCCACUUCACCUUCUUUGUAUUCCUCGCCUACCUCGUCGUGCAUAUCAUCAGUGCCUGGUGAUGAGUUCUCAAAGUUGCUUGAUGAAACGAAGAUUGUUGACCUCAACUGGCUCUCAUCCGAUUCAUCAGGAGAUACCAUUAAUUACAACGACGGAAAGUUCAACAACAAUGUUGAUACGAUGAAUUUGUGGGACAUCAAUGAUUUGAGCAGCUUGGAGUUGUUUAUGAAUGAUCAUGAUGAAAAUUUGGUUGGAAGCGGAUGUUCAAAAACGGUUUUUAAUCAAGAUUCAUGGACAUUUGAUCUUCUUUAACUUUUAGUUUUAUUUGUUUGGGUUUGGCCUUGGUAGUGCAGUUUAGUGGAUGAUUAGAUAUAUACAUAUGUAAUAAAAAUUACAAUUGUGAACAUACUUUUCUGUUAAUUUUGGACAUAUUCUGAUGGAAAAUAUGAAAGUUUAAUCUC